AUGAAGGGCGACGGAAGGUGCUUGAAACUCUUUCUUGCAUUUUCGAUCCUUUUCCUACAAAACGUAAAAGGAGGAGAAGUUGGCCACAGCCACAACCACAGCCACAGCCUCAGGGAUGCUAAAGUGACAGUGAGGUGCAUAGAGAGGGAAAGGCAAGCACUACUUGCAUUCAAACGUGGCCUGGUGGAUGACUUCAAUCAACUCUCAUCUUGGGGUUCAGAAGCCGAAAAACAAGAUUGUUGCAGAUGGGAAGGAGUCUACUGUAGCAACCAAACUGGCCAUGUGAUUCAACUUCAUCUUGGAUAUUCUGUCCCUGAAUAUUCUUUCUUUGGAUAUUCUUUCCAAGGUAAGAUGAUUAGUCCUAAACUGAUUGAGUUGCAGCAUUUACAAUAUUUGCACCUUGCAUCCAUUGAUUUCAAUGGGAACCAAAUUCCUGAUUUCAUUGGUUCUCUAACCAAUCUAAGAAACCUCAGUCUCAGUUCCUGUAAUUUGGGUGGUCAAAUUCCAAGUUCGUUUGGAAACCUCACGCAAUUGCAACAUCUCGACCUCAACUAUAAUCAUCAGCUUCAACCAGAAAAUCUCAAUUGGCUCCCUGCUCCUUCUUCUUUAACGUAUUUGGACCUUUCAUUGACUAAGUUCAAUGGGAGCCAAAUUCCAGAUUUCAUUGGUUCUCUAACCAAUCUAAGAAACCUCAGUCUCAGUUCCUGUAAUUUGGUUGGUCGAAUUCUAAGUUCGUUUGGAAACCUCACGCAAUUGCAACAUCUCGACCUCAGCGAUAAUCAGCUUCAACCAGAAAAUCUCAAUUGGCUCCCUGCUCUUUCUUCUUUAACGGAUUUGGACCUUGGCGGAAACUUCGAUGGGAGCCAAAUUCCCGAUUUCAUUGGUUCUCUAACCAAUCUAAGGUCCCUCAGUCUCCAUUCCUGUAAUUUGGUUGGUCAAAUUCCAAGUUCGUUUGGAAACCUCACGCAAUUGCAAAAUCUCGACCUCAGCUAUAAUUAUCAGCUUCAACCAGAAAAUCUCAAUUGGCUCCCUGCUCUUUCUUCUUUAACGGAUUUGGACCUAAGCGGAAACUUCGAUGGGAGCCAAAUUCCCGAUUUCAUUGGUUCUCUAACCAAUCUAAGGUACCUCAGUCUCUAUUCCUGUAAUUUUGUUGGUCAAAUUCCAAGUUCGUUUGGAAACCUCACGCAAUUGCAACAUCUCGACCUCAGCGAUAAUUAUCAGCUUCAACCAGAAAAUCUCAAUUGGCUCCCUGCUCUUUCUUCUUUAACGCAUUUGGACCUAAGCGGAAACAAUCUCAGUACUGUUUUCGAUUGGCCAGAAGCAGUACUUAAUAAGCUCCCUAAACUAGUAGAGUUGAGAUUGGUGAACUGUAGUCUUCCUCCUCCUCCUACUCCAAUUCUUUCCACUACUCUUUACAAAACAAAUUCUUCUACAUCUCUUGCGUCUGUUUAUCUCUCUGACAACCAUCUCACUUCUUCAAUAUUUCUUUGGUUGUCCAACUACAGUACAAGCCUUGUUAGUCUUGACCUCUCCAACAAUAAUCUAUCUGGUUUCAUUCCCGAUUUCUUUGGAAACAUGAGCUCUCUUGUGGAUCUGGAUCUCUCUCACAACCAUCUCACUUCUUCAAUAUUUCUUUGGUUGUCCAACUACAGUACAAGCCUUGUUAGUCUUGACCUCUCCUACAAUAAUCUAACUGGUUUCAAUUCUGAUUUCAUUGGAAACAUGAGCUCUCUUGCUAGUCUGUCUCUCUCCAACAAUAAUCUAACUGGUUUCAUUCCCGAUUUCAUUGGAAACAUGAGCUCUCUUGUGGAUCUGGAUCUCUCUGAUAACCAGAUUGAUGGAGCGAAUCCAAAUUCGUUUGCAAGGUUGUGUAAUUUGGGAACAUUGUUGCUUCAGAGAAAUCAUCUGAGUGGACAAUUAUCCAAGUUUGUUCAACUAUUGCCUAGAUGUGCUCAAAACUCAUUAGGGUAUCUGGACCUCUCUGAGAAUGUUCUUAAGGGGUCAUUAAACAAUCUUACAAGCUUCUCAUCUUUGAAAUCGUUGAAUCUUAGGGCCAAUCAAUUAAGCGGAAAAAUACCUGAAAGUAUUGGGCAAAUGUCGCAACUGGAGGGAAUCGAUUUCAGCAAAAACUCUUUGGAAGGGGUGGUUUCAGAAACUCAUUUCUCAAAACUCUCCCGUUUAGGGUCUCUUUCUUUCCUGUGCGCAAGUGCAGAUAUGAUUUUAGCGUAUCUUAAUCUUUCAAGCAACAGUUUUGCUGGAGAACUUCCAGAUUGCUGGAGCCAUUUGGAGAAUCUAGUCAUGCUUGAUUUGAGUAACAACGCUUUUUCCGGAAAAAUUCCCAUGACAAUUGGCUCUUUAUUUCAAAUGCAAACUUUGAAAUUAAGAAGCAACCGAUUUGUUGGAGAAUUGCCUUCAUCGUUGAAGAACUGCACAAGUUUAGAAGUUAUUGAUCUGGGAGAUAAUAAAUUAUCAGGACCAAUACCUACAUGGUUAGGUGUGAGCUUCAAGAAUUUGGAUGAUGCAAGCUUCAUAUGGAAAGGAAGAAUGCAGACAUACAAAAGCACUUUGGGCCUUGUGAAGAGAAUUGAUCUCUCAAGCAAUAGAUUAACAGGGGAGAUUCCAUGUGAAAUCACUCAUCUUGUUGGGUUGGUUUCUUUAAACCUUUCAAGAAACCGGUUAACAGGUCAAAUAACUCCAGAGAUUGGAAACUUGCAGUCAUUGGAUUCGCUUGAUUUAUCAAGAAACCAUAUAGAUGGAGGAAUUCCGACAAGCCUUGCUCAGAUAGAUCGUCUUAGUUUCUUGGACUUGUCAUAUAACAACUUGUCUGGCAAAAUACCAACAGGCACUCAGCUCCAAGGCUUUGAUCCCUCUGUUUAUGUUGGAAAUCCUCAACUCUGUGGACCUCCGCUUAAAAAGAUGUGUGCCGAUCAAAAUGAGAAAACUGACUUGAGCAAUCAAGAGGAUAAGGAUGAGCUUAUAACACUAGGAUUUUACAUCAGUAUGGGGCUUGGCUUUGCUGCUGGAUUUUGGGGAGUUUGUGGCACUUUGAUAUUCAACAGGUCAUGGAGAUACGCAUACUUGAAGUUCUUGAAUGGUUUAAAUGAUUGGCUUUAUGUGAGGAUAGCUUUGAUCAAGCGGCAACUGAAGUUAGCAUAUGCUUAA